ACACACACACACACACACACACACACAUACACACACGCAGUCAGUCACCAACCCUCAUUCAACUCCCUCUCAGCCACGGGUCAGCAGCUCAGACAGGCACCUUGUUCCUAUUCAGCUGGAAAGAGUAGAGCAUCGCAAGGUGCACACACAUACUCCAACACACACUCACUCAAAAUACACAUAUCCAUACACACAUACACACACACACACGCACAUGCACACACACACACAAACACACACCCACACACACAUACAAACACACAAAUACACACAUAUGUGCAUCAUCAUACAGCCAAGGACUAUCUGUGGUACGGGAAAGAAGACCUCAUUCCAAGGAGAAGAAGAAACAGAGAAACAAGGAGGGACACUAAAGAGGAACUUUUAAAGGUAGAUUCCUAAAAUUGCAGCACGUCAAUAAAGGAUCAUUCAAACGAUUCCAAAACAAGACUGACGAUGACAAAUGGAGAAACUUGGACAAGCUUUUUGCUGUAGGAAGGGCUGACGUGAAGAUCAUCUGUGGAUCAUCUGUGGACAUCCUGAGGAUCUACGAGUGCCAUCUCCCUCUCUUCUCUCUUCAGGACUCCCACCCUCUUGUCAUCCCUCCACUGGGACAUCUCCCCGUCAUCAGCAUGCCUACAGCUUGCACAAGGUGCACCUUGGGAGUCUGACCCACCAUGUGCAGAUGGACGCCGGCCGCAGCUCAUCUCUGUCCUGAACCUGCCCUUGGCACCACCACUGCUGCAGCCUCUGCUGGGCGACCUCUCCCCCUACCCAGUGCAGCCUCCCUUUGCCUGGCAUGCUUCACCCUGCUCCUGGUCACCGCUGGCACCGCCACAGGAGCCUGUCCUCCAGGGGUUGGACAUGAACCCCUGCAGGUGCUGGCGAGUGGCAUCAACUGUUCAUGGACAUUGGAAAGACACACUCGCAGUUACAAUCACCUAGAGGGAGACGUCCGACUACGGCGACUUUACUCGGCCAACAAGUUCUUCCUCUGUAUUGACAAAACAGGCAAGGUGGACGGCACUCGGCGGAAAAACUACGCUGACAGCCUGAUGGAAAUCCGAUCUGUCAGUGUGGGAGUUGUUGCCAUCAAAUCUGUCAGCACCGGGCUGUACUUAGCUAUGUCCAAGAAAGGCACGCUCUUUGGAUCGGUGAAGUACAACCCGAGCUGCAAGUUCAAGGAGCGCAUCGAGGAGAACGGCUACAACACGUACGCCUCCCUCCGCUGGAAGCACGGCGGCAGGCAGAUGUUUGUUUCGCUGAACGGGCGCGGGAAGCCUCGGCGAGGUCACAAGGCCCGUCGAAGACACCCGUCCACUCACUUCCUGCCCAUGCUCCCGUCCUAGCUGUCCACUUCUGAACUCUGACCAGCAAAUGGGUUGACAAAGCCGUGACAGCGAUCUUUAUUUUUACUACUCCAUCCUCCUGUCACAUAAAUGUACAUUUGUUAAGGGUUGUAACAUUUGUAGAGUUAGUAUAAUAUGUACUUUUAAGUUAUUUUCUCCAUUUUUCUAAUGCUGUUCAGCUAUACAGUAAAUACACAGUAGAUGAAUUCUACUUCCAGGCAUCCGUCUGGUUACAGUAUCAGUCUGACUGCAUGUAAAGUGACGUCUGGGAAAAGGCACAGCAAGGCCUGGAAAAAUUGUAAUGUGGCUCACUGGUUUAAUUAUUUAACAUUUUUUUAAAUGCUCAGCUAAAUAUCAGCAUCUAGUUCAGCAAAAAUGUAUUUUUAUUUUGAGCAUCCCUUUAAAACAAAAAAAAAGAUUCAACUUUAAAGUAGCUUCAAAUCAGGGCCAUAGCUACUGUCGGGAUGGGGUCGAACUCCAUGAUAACAUUUUUACAGUACAUCUUUUUAAACACUUUUCUCAUAUUUAACAUAUUCGAACUACCAAAAUGUGAGAAAUUCACAUAUUAAUUGUCUCACAUGUGAAAUCUACUCUAUUUAUCAUUAAAAAAAUUCAAAGCGUACAUUGUUUAUAACAUGUCAAAACAGUAUUUCAGUGAUACGUAUUAUAGCAAGCAAGUGUUUUUUUUGGGCUGCUAUCCGACUAUAUUUAGGUCAUUGAAAAAGAAGAUAUAAACAUUUCCCUACCAGAAUUACGUUUAUGUGGAGAAAUGACGGAGGACUUACUCAAUGAAAAAAAAGGUGAUUUCCAAAUAAUAAAUGAGGGAAAGGCCUUAGUAUUUCUAAAAAUCUUGGCUAUGGCCCUACUACAAAUCUUGCAUCUUGACUGUUGCUUGGGAUAUACUGUACUGACACUACUGGAUAAUAGACGCUGACGCAUUGAUAAAAGUACUGUUCUGGAGAGCACAACUGAAGCUAAGCUAACUACUGGGAUAACGUUCUGAACUCUCCGAGAUGAACUUUGUAUGUUUGUGCAUGUUUCUGUCAAACUGCUUCACCCAUUCAAAGAACCAACAGUUAAUAGAGUCAGAUUCAGAGAAAUGCAUAGUCUCUGACUGUUGGUCCUUCGUUCAGUUGUGAAAUAACGAUGUACAUUUUGAGUCAUUUAAUGCAUUAUAGCAGCCAUAGGUUAAGCAGAUGUCACAUAGCAGAAAUUUCAUUAAUUUUGUACACAGUAGUAAAUGGUAAUUACAUGCUGUCUCUCUCUCAAGUCUUGCUAACAUUUUCUCAACAAGGCUGUUGCUAAUAGAUCAUUUAAUAUAUUUAAAACAUUUUGUACUCUUUAACUGUUUGAAGUUGAUGUAUAUUGUUAUUGUCGACUUUUUGUGUUGGAUUGUAGUCCUAUUGAAAAAAAAAGAAAGGGAAAAAAGUUAUCGUAUUAAUGUCCAUAUUCAGCUCAUUUUGUAUGGUAUUACUACUGGAUAUCGGUACAUUUGUGAUCCACUUAUGAUAAACAGCUUACAGCUAUAGGCCAGUAAUAGUAGGUUGUAUAUGAGGCCAAAGUCUCAGAACAAACAGUCUUUAGAUUUAUUUCAGCAAAGUAAAAUCAUUUGAGUGCCUUCGUCCAUUCUGAGUUUGGUAAACUUCA